GUGUGGGUUGUUGAUUGUGUUUAAUUGUGUUUGAAAACAAAAUAACAACAACAACAACAAACAAACAAACAAAUAUGCCUACAUUAAUUGGUCGUUUUAAUGAAUUAUUACAUAAUCUUUCAUCCUCAUCGUCCAAUUCACAUCCAUCUGUACAAACAACAACAACAACAAGACAACAUCAUCAUCCACCAUCAAGAUCAAGUUCAAAUCGUAUUGUAUCCACUGGUGGUAAUUCAUCAUCAUCAUCAAGACAAGUUGUAAAACGAUCUAGUUCAAGCCGUCCACAACAACAAUACAAUAACAAACCAACAACAACAGUGAAUAGUACAAAUCAUCAUCAUCAUCAUCAUCAUCAUCAUCAUAAUCGUCGUCAUGGUUCUUUGGUUACGGGUAACAAUAAUAAUAAAUCUUUUGAAAAAGAUCAAAAUCAUAUGAUGAUCAUCACCGGUAAUCGACAUAGAGCUAGUUCUUGUAUCAAUAAUCGUCAUCAAUAUCAACAACAACAACAACAAGCAAACCAACAACAACAACAACAACAUCUAAGUCAACAACAUUCUUUAUCGAAAACAACAACAAAACCAAAAUCAUCUUCUCGUGAAUCAAAUUCGAAUUCUAAUGGUGGUGUUAGUGGUGCUAGUAGCCAACAAAAACAACAAAAAUCCCGUCAUCAACGAAGACAUUCGAUUUCUAGUAUCACUAGUAUGUCUAAUACGAAUAAUUCACAAAAUCAACAAAAUUCAGCAUCAUCAUCAUCGAAUAGCCAAAAUAAUCAUAGUUCAAUAACGAUGAUCACAAAUAAUAAUCGUAAAGAUUCCAAUCGAAUGGAAAAGAAUAAUAACAAUAAUUGUUGUGAUAAAUCAUGCGCUAGCAAACCACCAUUAAUAAUAAACUCAAUUAAUAAUAAUAAUCAUGAUGUUGAUGAAUCAUUGACAAGCAUGUUGGUACGUAAAAUGAAAAUCGGUGCCAUUACAAGACGAAAUCAUCAUCAUCAUAAUGGUAAUAAUCAACAAACGACAGAAAUUUUUCAUAAAAAAAUUUCCAAAAUUACUAAAAAAGAUGUUGAAGAAUCAUAUGAUUUAACAGAUGGUGAAACAAAAGGCUGUUUUAUUAAUCGUUAUUUAGAUGGCCAUUUAAUUAAAAAUCAUCCAGACAUAAUAUCAGGAAAAACAUGUUAUGAUAUGCCUGUAAAAGAGAUUGAAUUAUUGGAAACAAAUAUUGUUGCAGCAUUUACUGGACCAAAUGAUGGUCUACGAACAAUAAAUUCAUCAACAAAACCAUUCGAUGUGCCAUUAGAUGAUGGUAUUGAUUUUAUUGAUGAAGAUUAUCCAGAUUCAUCACUUUCAUCAAAUGGUGCUUGUUCUGAUCAUAAUAAUCAUUCAUCACCACAAAAUUCGGCCAAAUUAUCGACCACUUCAUCGAUGUUAUCAUCAACUGGUGAUGUUAUGACAUUUUCCGAUCAAUCAGAUCAACGGAAUAAAUCAUCACCAUCAUCAUCGACAGCAACAACAACAACAACAACGACAAAUAAUCAUGAAACAAUAACAAUUGAACCUGUUGCUGGUGUUAAUAAUUGGAAUCGGUUCGAUGAUUUUGCAUAUGGUAUAUCGACAACAUUAUAUGAAUCACACCCAACAACAAAACAAAGAGCAGGUGAUCCAAUUGCCGAUUCAUUUGCAAUAUGUGUACGUGAAAAUAGUGCUAUACUAGCAUUAGCCGAUGGUGUAAAUUGGGGCGAUAAAGCAUGUCUAGCAUCAAGAUGUGCCAUACAUGGAUGUAUUGAUUAUCUGAAUAAAGCUUUGUAUUCAGCUGCCACUGAUUCUACUCGAUCUCGAAACACUAUGGACAUAUUUAUUGCUCUAUUACGUUCAUUCAAUGCAGCACAUAAUAUGAUAUUGGCAAAAGGUGGCCAUUUAACUACACUUUGUGCAGCUGUAAUAUGUCAAUUGAAAGAUUCGGAUCGUUUUAUCGUAUGUACAUGCAAUGUUGGCGAUAGUUUAGCAUACGUUUAUAGCCAAAAAUAUGGUGUUCGAGAAAUAACUCAAGGAUCACACGAUAUAUUUUCAAUGCGUGAUAUGAGAGAUGCAUUAGGUGCAUUAGGACCAGUAUCUGGUUCUGAACCUGAACUAAAUAAUCUAACCGUUGCAAUGACCAUUGUAGAUGUGGAUGAUAUUGUUUUCUUAACAUCCGAUGGUAUAUCGGAUAAUUUUGAUCCUGUUGUUGGAAAAUUUGCAAUACCAAAAAAAGAUUUACAAAAAAAUUGCGAUCCAAUGACAAUGAUGAUGAUGAUGAUGAAUGAUGAUAAUCAUAUGAACAAUAACAACAACAACAACAACAACAAUUUAUUAUUGGCCGAUAAAUCAAGACAGAUGAAAAAUAACAAUAACAACAAUGAAUCAAAUUGUGAAAAAACCACUAAACGUAUGAAAGUACGAAAAAUUGUACAACGAUCAAAUAGUAAUCCAGAAAAAAGUAGUGCACGAUAUUUAAAUUAUACAUCAAAAGGUUUACCACUUGUAUCGGCACAACAACGUCAUGAAUUAACAUUACUUCGUAUGGAAGAUCUCAUUAUGAAUGGUGUGAAUGGAAUUUCAUCAUUCAACAACAACAAUAAUAAUGAUGAUGGUGAUGUACAACAUGAACAUUCAUCGAACCAUGAUUAUAAUAAAAAUAACAACAACAAUCAAAUAAAUGCCAAAGAUUUAUGUUUAUUGAUGGUUGAUUUCUCAACCAAAUUAACAAUGGCAAAACGAAGAAUUCUUGAAGAUCCGGAAUUAUAUUCAGAUGAUGAUAAUGGUAACAAUGGUAAUGGAAAUAAUAAUAAUAAUAAUAAUAAUAACGAUAAUGAUGAUGAUGACGAUGUAUUUGAUAAACAACGAAGACGAAGACGUAUGGUUGGACAAAAAUUGGCACAAUUACCUGGAAAAUUGGAUCAUGCAUCAAUUGCUGCCAUACAAGUUGGAUUCUAUGGUUCAUUACAAAAUAAUAAUAAAAAAUCACAUAUCUAUUCAACGAACAACAACAACAACAAUGUGAAAACAAUGAACAGAGAAUUCAAUACAAACAAGCGGCAUUCCAUGGAAGAUCGUUAUAAUCUUAAAUUAAAGGCAACAUUGGCCAGAUUUGAAUCACAAGAUUCACUUGAAAGCAUUAAUGAGGCUGGUCCUAUUUAGAAAAAAAAAAAUCUAGAAAUUUUUUCAAUUUUCAUAAACAAAGAAAAAAAUCUAGAAAUUCAUUUUGGAAUUCUUUUUUUAUAUAUAAAAAAACGACACAUUUAUCAAUUUAUCAAUUUUCUAAUUACCAAUAUCUCGAAACAUGUCCGGUGAUGAUUUUUUUUUCUUACUAUGAUUCUCUAUGUUUUCAAUUGUGACUACCACCACUACCUGUGUGUGUGUGUUUUUUAAACAUAUUUUAGACACACAAUUUUACCUUGCAAACAAAACAAACAAAAAAAAAUUGACAAAUUAAAAUGAAAAUUUAAAAUAUAAAAAAAUAAAAAUAAAAUCUUUAAUCAUUUUAAAAUUUAUAUAUUAUUAUUAAUUAUUAUUAUACAAAUUAAUGAACAGAUUCAUUUUACACA